AUGCGGUUGCAAACGUUGGCGCCUCCCACCAAAUCGGCCGCCAGGUCGAUCCAGGCGUGCCGUUCCAUCUUCCAAGGAGCACGCCACUACUUCCUAGGAGGCCUCAUGGACCGUGAUCCCCCCAAGGACGAGGGCUUGGCCUACAUGAGCUACCCCUGUGUGACUCGCGAACAGAUGCGCAAGAUCUCCAACGACAAGUACAAGUUCGAGUUUGGCUACCACUCGUACGCCCACCACAGCAACAACUCGGACCCGUUGAUCCACUCAUUGUCGGACUUGACGGACCCCACCCUGCUCAACUCGUUGCUCCCCAAGAGAAGACCCCAGGGGUCGCCUGUGGACACCAUCUCGGUCAAGGCCGGAGACGACGCCAUGCUCGUGUCGCCCACCGUGCUUGCCAUCGCCGACGGAGUGUCGGGGUGGGAAAGCAAGGGCGAGCACUGCUCGUCAGGCAUCUGGUCCCGCUCCAUGGUCGAGACCUUGAGUCGCUUGAUGACCGAGUACAAGUUGAGCCACGCCCCCCACCACCUCAACAAACGUGAUAUCGACCAGAUCUUGGACGAUUCCUACUUGCAUACCUCACACUUGAUGGACCUCCAGGACUUGCGUGGCUCGUCUACCUUGAUCCUCGGCAUGCUCAGUGGUGAGUACUUGAAAAUGAUCAGCAUUGGCGACUCCAAAAUCUACAUCAUCAGAGACGGCAAAAUCGUCAAAAGCAACGAAGAACAAAUGGUGUCCGAUUUGUGUCCCCAACAAAUCGGCACCCAAACCCUUGAUCAGAUGCCUUCCGAGAUGGCAUGGGUUGACUCGAUCAAGUUAAAAGAAGACGAUCUCAUCGUGGCAUGUUCCGACGGCAUCUCGGACAACUUGUACGAAGAAGAAAUCGUCCAGUGCAUUGAUGAUUCCGUGAAGUCCAACAAGGACUUAAAGACAAUAGCCAGAAAGCUUCUACUCAAAGCAAAGGCGGUCGGAUUCGACGACUACGCAUACACCCCAUACAACCAACAGGUUAAUGCAUUGCCAGAAAAGUAUGGCAAGAACCUCAGCUCCGGGGGUAAGUUGGACGACAUGUCUGUGUGUGUGGCCAGAGUCGUUCCAAAUAGAAAAGGUUAA